GUCGCCAUACCCGGCUCGUCGCUCUGGCCAGACUGCGCCUGGACAACAUGGAAGCAAGGCUGUCGGCAAUCGUCGUGCUCUUGGCGCUCGCCGGCGUCGCUUCGGCAAUGCUCAGGGUUCCCUUAAAGCGAAUGAAAAGCGCUCGGGAGCACUUCCGCGAAGUCGGAACGCCACUCAAUGUGACUCGAGCUUGGUCCCUGGGCGGCGGCGUCGCAGGACCCUUUCCGGAGCCCCUCAAGAACUACCUCGAUGCGCAGUACUACGGGGACAUCACCCUUGGCACACCACCGCAAGUUUUUAGAGUUGUUUUCGACACCGGAUCCUCCAAUCUAUGGGUGCCCUCGAGCAAGUGCCCGUUCACCAACAUCGCCUGCAUGCUGCACCACAAGUACCGCAGCUCAAGCUCGAAGACGUACGUGAAGAACGGCACCCAGUUCGAGAUCCGCUACGGCAGUGGCAGCGUCAAGGGCGAGCUGAGCACGGAUGUGUUCGGCUUGGGCGACGUGAGGGUGCAAAGCCAGACGUUCGCCGAGAUCCUCCGCGAGUCCGGUCUGGCUUUCAUCGCGGCCAAGUUCGACGGCAUCCUGGGCUUGGGUUACCCGCAGAUCUCGGUACUGAGCGUGCCGCCCGUCUUCGACAACAUGGUGGCACAGGGCGUGGCCGCCAAGCCUGUUUUCUCCGUCUACCUGGACCGCAACGCUUCGGAUCCCAACGGCGGCGAAGUGCUCUUCGGUGGCAUCGACGAGGCACACUACACCGGAAACAUCACCUACGUGCCCGUCACCCGCAAGGGCUACUGGCAGUUUCACAUGGACAGUGUGACAGUGGGAGCAAACGUUUCCUUCUGCAAUGGAGGCUGCGAAGCCAUCGCUGACACUGGGACUUCCUUGAUCGCUGGGCCUUCAUCUGAAAUCCAGAAGCUCAACUUGGCCAUAGGAGCUGCUCCUUUUACCUCGGGAGAGUACAUCGUGAGUUGCAAGUCCAUACCGAAUUUGCCGAACAUCACCUUCACCCUGAACGGUGAAGACUUCGUGCUGCAAGGAAAAGAUUACGUUCUGCAGGUGAGCCAGACGGGCAUCCCCCUCUGCUUGAGCGGAUUCAUCGGCCUGGAUGUUCCGGCUCCCAUGGGGCCCCUGUGGAUCCUGGGCGACGUUUUCAUCGGCCGCUACUACACCAUCUUCGACAGGGGCAACGACCGCGUCGGAUUCGCCGAGUCCCGCUAGGCAUCGCCGAGCUCGAAACCUGUCAUUCCUCCCAAUGAAGGCCUCGCAGAGACAGUUUCGAGAUAUUUGUUUUGACCGACCGUUUUGUGUGUACUAUCACAGCUUCGCAUCGCACAUUCCUACAAAGCUUGGACGCACCUUCCUAUGCAAAACCCAUCGCAGUCCACUAACUGCGAGCGCUUUCACGUCGUGGCCUCGAAAUUCUUUAUGAACAAAUUUCACGAUUUGCAUCUGGUCAAAAUAAAGCAGCAAUCAUUUCAUACGAAA